AUGGCUAUCAGCAUACAGGUCAUGACGAGGGCACCCGGUGACACCUUGCACGCGAUCGCCGUCAGGCAGAACGGACUGACCGCCACGCAGUACGUCGCCGUGGAGAAGACUUUCGUCUCCCUGUGGUCGCUAGGAUUCGUUCACGGAGACUCCCACGCGAAUAACAUCUUGUACGACGUCAAGAACGAUAAGCCUACUUGCAUAGACGUUGGGAUGAGUCUCCUGCUUCCGUUCGCCAUCCGGGACGCCGUCAGGAGCUUCGACCCGGCCAGAUACUCGGGGCCGGAGAUCUUCGCACGCACCAUAGACCACCUGACGCAUGGGUACAUCCAGAACUACAACGCAGAUGGAAAGAUGCUGGCGACGUACUUGAAGUGGGUUCUCCCCGGAGAACGAACGCUCGUGAACCGCCUGCGCUACGAAGCGUGGAAAAGUGGGAUGGCCCGAGUCAGGAGAGCGUGGGACGUUUCGUGUAUCAAACGCCCUGAUUACGCGUUCAUCUUCGACACACAUGCAGUCGUCCUAGAAGUCGAUGAGGAUCAUCACCGCUACUACAACGUCUCGUGCGAGGUGGACCGCAUGGGCAAGAUCAAGGACCUCGUGCGGCUCCCCCUUCACUUCGUGCGCUUCAACCCGGCCGAGAGACGCUAUGGACUCCUCAAAGACAUUCUAAAACGCCUCUUCAGGGACUGCAGGAGUGCAGAGAACACUGCAGGAGAGCCUCAUAGGGGUGGUCUGAUGCCACCCAAGAAACCCCCCGACGUCGCUCUCCACCACGAAUGCCUGGCCUACGUGAGCAAGCUCUUCAAAGAGCCUAGGACCCGAGAGGACGUCAAGCUCCGGGCCCUGAGGAACAAAGAGACCGAAUGCACCGUGGUCAAGACCAGCCUAAACAGCUUCUGCAAGGAGGCUGCCAGGGCCCUUCCUCUAGAGAGUGUGCUCAAGGAAGUGAAUAAGGCCAUCUGUGAAGCCUACAUUCUUGCUAACCUGCAUAUACUACGGAUGUGUGAGUUGGGUUGCGAAGUUCCACCUCUGGAUCAGCCUUUCUUCUACAACUGCCUCUCUGCCGUCAGCAUGGCUGGUAGGCAGAAGAGCUCCGUCAAAGACCUCUACCUCAGGGAGACCGUAGAGCUCUACCUGGCAUCACGCCUUGCAGGCUAUCGGCCUCCGGACUGCAAGCAUCUCUCUUCCGGCUGGUACCAGAAUGCGAGCCUUCAGAUGGCCACGUGCAUCAAGAACUCCAUCGCCACGAACUUCUACAAGCGCUUCAAGCGCUACCUGAAGCACACGUACUCGCUCGAUGGCCCUUCAUGCUAUGCCAAGAUGCGGGACAUGUUCGCCGAUGAGUACGAAGGCAACGACCCACUGGUUUUGAGGUACCGAGCCAUACUUCCGAAAGCCACUACUGGCAGGGCAGACUCCACCCCUCACAUACUCAUGCCGAUGCAAUACAUGUUCCUGCGCUACAUAGAGUUGCAUCACCCCCUGACAGAAGAAGAACUGAAGAAAGGCAAGCAGCUGAGGCUCUUCAGCCUCCUGCCCACGAAGAGGGGCAUCGAGUGCAAUCACCUCAAGAUGUGCACCAACGGACUCUAUGGGCUUCUCAAGAGGGGAGGGGUCAAGCUUCCAGCCUCGGGAGCGGAGUUCAGGAAGGUGGCUGACGACUACUGGCGGGACCUCUUCGACAUCGCAAAGUUCGAGACAUGCAACGCAAAUUCGCAGGAGAGAUAA